AUGUCGGACCCAAUACCCGCCGAGCCUCAACCAGCCCCAUCCGUCGCCGCCGCCGCCUCGGCCUCGUCACGCUACGAGCUUCUCUACACGCUACGCGGCCAUCAAAAGUCGAUAUCCUCGCUCGCCUUUUCGCCAGACGGCCUCGUCCUCGCAUCGGCCUCGUCCGACGCCCUCGUCAAGCUCUGGUCGGUCGCAACGGGCGCACCGCUGGCCACCCUCAGCGCGCCCGCACAGGGCAUCAACGACCUCUCGUGGUCCAGCGACAGCACCUACCUCGCCGCCGCCAGCGACGACCGCUCCGUCACCGUCUGGAACGUCGCUUCCGCAAAAGUCGCCCGCACCCUCCGCGGACACACCAGCUACGUCUUCUGCCUCGCCUACAACCACCAGAGCACCCUCAUCGCAAGCGGAGGCUUCGACGAGACCGUACGCCUCUGGGACGUCGGCCGCGGCACCUGCCACCGCACCAUUGCGGCCCACUCCGAGGCCGUCAGCGGCGUCGCCUUCAACCACGAGGGCACCCUUAUCGUCUCGUGCAGCUACGACGGCUCCCUCCGCCUCUGGGACGUCCCCACCGGCCAGUGCCUAAAGACGCUCGAACACAAGGACAAGGCCGCCAUCGCAUCCGUACGCUUCUCACCAAACUCGAUGCUGCUCCUCGCAGCCAGCCUCGACAGCACCGUCCGGCUCUGGGACAUCCCCAACAGCAAAAUCGUAAAGACCUAUAACGGCCACCGAAACCUAAAGUACGCCACCAAGGCCGCCUUCACCCGACCAACUCGAAAGAGCUCCGGGGAUGGCGCGCAGCAGACCACCCAAAACGCGGAUGCGGCGGGGCAGGCCGCAGCGAUACCUCAGAUCCACAUCGUCUGCGGCAGCGAGGACCACAAAGUGUACCUCUGGGACCUGCAGACCAAGACUCUCGUCCAAACGCUCGACGGCCAUCGCGACUCGGUCAUCGAUGUCGAUGUACGUCUACCGCGCCGGCGCUCUCGAUCCCCUCGCCCCUCUUGCUCACCCCGUCUCGUCUCGCCUUGCCCCGCCUCGCCCGGUCAAUCCCGUCUGUACAUCUCGAUGCUCUUCCCCGCCAGGUACACCCCUCGAGACCCGUCAUCGCCUCUGCCUCGCUCGAACACGACUGCUCCAUAA